UGGUCAGUGGCCUGACACGGCGCAGUCAGAGCUGAGUUUCUUCUUGGUUACAGGAUGUAUCAGAGGUCUGGCAGUGGGUGGUCACAGUCCCAUCCUGGCAGCUAGCUUGGAUUGGGGUCUCGGGAAGUGAAAUGAGCUCGUUCCCCUUUCAAGUCCGAAUGCCUUCCCAGGAGGCAUCCAGGCCCACCUGUGCUACCUCUCCGUGGGGUGUUGAAGGGGUAGGCUGGUGGCCCUCCUGGCCUGCUUGCCUGCUUCACAAUAACAGUGGGAGACCUUAGCCUGCGCCACGGGUCUAUCACUUGAAUGGUUUGCUUUAAACAGGGAGUUUGCUUUGCCUGUUAUGGGGUUUUGAAGCACAGGGAUGCGGGGAUCACGCUGCUGCGCUUCUCCCCACAGUCGAGUGGCCUUGAAGGAUGUAUACAGUGAGGAUGAGGAGAAAAGAUGAAGAAUGUGAAGGUGAAUUUCACAUGAUCGUGUUUCUCCAGGAGCUGGAGCUUUAAACAGCGCCGGAGACUCACUGUCAGCAGGAGGGGUUGGGAACUUGGUUUUGGAGGUAGGCUGCCUUAAGCUGAUGCUGUACGCUCAGCAUCAGCUGCAAUUGUAAUGCUUGGAUCCCAAAUGAUGACUAGCAGGGAACAGAUCCCUCUUUUUCACUUGCAGCCUGCUCCCCCAAGACUGCCCCGUGACGAAAGCCUUGUGACUAGCCGUGUUUCUGCUGCAAACUCCGUGCUCCCCAGUGGUUGCAGCCCUUGGGCUGCAGUCCUGGUAGGAGGAUUCAUAUUGAGGGCUCUGCACAAGGCUGCCUGCCUUGUUUUGACUGAGUGGUUUAGCCUCCUUGGGCCAACUAUUGUGAUUUUUAUCAGGGCUGAGGGCUUCAGAGAGCAAUGAGGGUUUUUGGCUGCCUUUGGUGCCUGGCUCGUGGAUGGAGUGUAGACAGGGGAAAGAGGAGCAGGGGCAGUUAUUCUAGCUGAGGGGCCUGCCUCCAGGUGUGGUGCUUGCCUAGCCACAGAGGAGGGUUGGUGAAACUGGCUGGUUGUCCCCCAAACGAUGGGAAAACCUGGGCUGAAGUGAGCAUCCUGAGGAGCUGUAUCUGGGCAGCGUACUGUCGCUUCUGAGUUUGAGAGCUCUGCUGUCUGCGCCUGCGUCACACACGUGUUACAGGGAGUGUGACGGUGGCCUGUAACUCUGCAGGGGCAGGAUCGGUCCUUAUGCCCCGCAUAGAAACGAGUUAAAUCGCUCUGUACCCUCCUGAGCUCGGUGGCCAUUGUUAGGAGAGGGGGAUUCAUCUAUCCAAAGUCAGGCAGUUGUUACUGGCUGGGCUCCCUCUUUAGUCAGUGAGACGUUUUUAGGCAGAGUCUGAACUUGAACAGAUGAAUUUAGAGAGGCCCAUUUCUCUCUGCUGGCUAUAGGGGGAGACUGGUGACUAGCUCACAUGUAGACCUCUGAAGUUUUUUGGGGUGAAACUCCAUCAGGUAGUGCCCUGAUCUAGCCCUCUCUGCACAGAAGGAACAGGAAUUACAGCAUGUUGCUGUGUAAAGUCCUUUUUAUCUCUGCUGAUGGAUUAAUCCUCUCCCUCUCUGAUGCAGGUCUGCCGCUGCUGUGAUGUUGGCCAGGGUUUUCAGUUAGCUACGUGGAUGAGGCUGCCGGACCAACAGGGGCUGAUGCCUCCCGGCCAUGCUGCCUCCUGUGUAGACAUUGCAGACAGCACUGGGGUGGUGGGACAAGGACAUCUGAGCUCUCUGAUCUCCGCAUAGUGGCCAGACAACAGAUUAGGAGAAGAACUACUUGUAACAACUGAGCUAGGAGAAGGGAAAGACUGACAGAGCGCUGCAAUAUCCGUGCCGGUUUGUUUGACUGCCCUGCAUUGGAAGAGAGGCAGCUGCUGUGCGGUUCCUGGAGCUGCAGAUGUGGCCUUUGCAGCUCUCGAAGCUUUUCUGAGGUCUAUGGGCGGAAUGAGCCUGUGUCAGGCCAUAAAAUCACUGGACCAACAUAGCGCUCCCUGUGGUGGGCUGGGAGCCUGCAGAUAGCACUAGUGGCCUUGCUCUUCCUUUGCAACCCAACUGGAUGCUCCAGGUCACUUGAAUUCUGAACUGAGCGAACAUGAGUGCACUUGAUUUGGCUUCAGUCCUUGAUUUUCUGGAAAUGGCCAACUUCACAGAGAUCAACUGGACGUGCCACAAUGGUGACUGCAUCACAGUUGAUGCAACAGCAUGCCCUGGCACACUUAACAAAAGCGCUCUGCUAUACACUCUAUCCUUCUUCUACAUUUUUAUCUUUGUCAUAGGGCUGGUGGCCAACUCUGUUGUGGUGUGGGUCAAUCUCCAAGCCAAAAUGACUGGCUAUGAAACCCACCUCUACAUCUUCAACUUGGCUGUUGCUGAUCUGUGUGUCGUCAUCACCCUUCCAGUUUGGGUUGUCUCCCUUGUCCAGCAUAACCAGUGGUACAUGGGAGAAAUUACAUGCAAGAUAACUCACCUCAUAUUUUCCAUCAACUUGUAUGGAAGCAUCUUCUUCCUGGCAUGUAUGAGCGUGGACCGCUAUCUCUCCGUUGCGUAUUUCACCAAUUCCAGUAGUCGCAAGAAGAAGAUAAUCCGUCGCUGCAUCUGCAUCUUAGUGUGGCUUCUUGCCUUCAGUGCCUCUCUCCCGGACACCUAUUAUCUUAAGACGGUCUCUUCCAACAAUGAAACCUACUGCCGUCCUGUGUAUCCAGAGGAGAGCUUCAAAGAGUGGCUGAUUGGCAUGGAGCUCAUCUCUGUUGUGUUGGGCUUUCUUAUCCCUUUUCCCAUCAUUGCUCUCUUUUACUUCCUCCUUGCGAAGAGCAUCUCUGCCUCCAGUGACCAAGAGAGGAAGAGCAACGGGAAGAUCAUUUUCUCCUAUGUUGUUGUAUUUCUUGUCUGCUGGCUACCCUACCAUGCAGCUGUCCUUCUUGACAUCUUUUAUAGUCUUCAUUUCAUACCCUUCAGUUGUCAAAUGGAGAACUUCCUGUAUGCCACUCUUCACAUCACUCAGUGUUUCUCUCUAGUCCAUUGCUGCGUCAACCCCAUCCUGUAUAGUUUCAUUAACCGCAACUACAGAUACGAGCUCAUGAAAGCCUUUAUUUUCAAGUACUCGGCCAAAACUGGUCUCACCAAACUUAUCGAUGCUUCCAGAGUGUCAGAAGCAGAAUACUCUGCUCUGGAGCAAAAUACCAAAUGAUUGCAAUUCCCUAAAGACACCGCUUUGACUUAUUUUCUUUUUUUCUUUCCUCUGUGCUUCUUAUGAACGGGGCAUGAAUUACAGCCUACAAAAGAGAGAUAGCAAACUGUGAUUUAAGAGUGGAAUCAGGCGCAAAAUGGAAGUGGUACCAAAGCCAAGCAUUUUGUUGGUGUGUUUUGUUUUAUCUCCCGCUAGUCCAGUCUGAACUUCUCAACACUGCUAUGCAAAUGGAAAAGACUUUCUAGUAAACGAAGCCAUUGUGUACCAUAGAUAACGUGCAUUUUCAAGAUAAGCUUUUUCUUCCAUGUGUAGAUUCCCUCUUGAUCUCAUUGUAUAUGUUUAUAUAUAUAGUGUGUUGUAUUUAAAAGCUCAAGACUUUAUUUUCUGGCUAUUGGUGUACCUUAUACAAUUGCAUUUGAAAGUUAAAUAUAUUUUUAUCAUGUAUUUGAAGUAUAUUGCUGAUGAGUGUAUCCGGAGUGCUGUAGUCUGAGUGUUAGAUUGCUGUUUGGUUUUAACCCUCCUAGGUAAGAGGGUGGCAAUAAAUAGCAGUAUGGAAAUGAUCUCUUAUGUGCAUCCUCAUUGGCUGGCACACUUUAUUGACCGUAGCUCUAAAUGGUGGUUGUACCUAUGUCUGGAGCAUAAAAUGUAUGUACUGUAAAAUAGUUACCAUCGUGCUAAAAUUAACAGUAUUGUAAGAGUUGUUAACUCCUACAUCCAUGCUUUACAAAGCUGUAUCCUUCCUUAUGCGCAGAAUGAAUGAUAUUACUUCUGAGAGUCGUCUCUAUUUGUAAGUUAUUUUUGUAAAAUAAAGAGCUGGAAAAACUG